UUUCCUUUUCGACAUUUUUCCUUUCGACAUUUUUACUUUUCGACAUUUUUCCUUUCGACAUUUUUCCUUUCGACAUUUUUUUUUUCGACAUUAAUCAGGCAUACCAUUAUUCUCAGUUCUUCAUGAUAAUUCGAGUUAUUGUAAUCCAUUCGAAGCAAAAUACAUAUGAAUUCAUUAUUUGACAUUUUGAAUACAAAUAGAAAUUAUAAUAUGUAUAUACGUAGUAGAACUUGUCAAGUUCAAAAUUUUCGAACUCGAACCCGCUGGGUUCUAAUCUUUAUUCGAAAUCAUCUUGAAUUCUGUUACAAAGAAAUCGAUUUCCAUGAUUAUUAUCGAGAAAUGAAGAACUAUUUUUAAUCUUCACAAUUCUUUAUUGACUGAUCUGCUUUCAAAACAAAAAAUCAUCUUGUUCAAAAUAAAAAUUAGAUGACGAUUAAAAUUCUUGUUUUUCUUUGUUUUAGAAUUUAAAAGAUCAAAAAACACGUCGAGAUAAUUUUUCACGUAAUACAGUUGCAUCAUCUUUAACUUCUGCUCCAUCAGCUAUCAACGGUCGUCCAUCCGUACUUUUUCGUGAUGAACAUCGAACAACUAAUGGAGGUGAUGCUGUUAUUAAUAUGGGUUCAGAUGGAAUGUAUAAUCCUUCCAUGAGACAACAAUUACAAGUUAUUGAUGAAACGGAUACAUAUUUGGCAAAUCGUUCGGAAGCUAUGCAAAAUAUAGAACAAACAAUAGUUGAACUUGGCGAUAUUUUUACUCAAUUAGCUACAAUGGUACGACAACAAGAAGAACUUGUUCAUAGAAUUGAUGCUAAUGUUGAUGAAGCAACACAACAUAUUGAAGGUGCACAUACAGAAUUACUUAAAUAUCUUCGUUCAGUAACAUCGAAUCGAUGGCUUAUUUUUAAAGUUUUUGCUGUGUUGAUUAUAUUUUUUCUUAUCUUUAUCGUUUUUCUUGCUUGA